ACAUGGCUGCCUGUCAACUUUUUGUUGUGUUGGCACUGUUUACCACCGUUUUUAGUUCAAAAUACGAAGAAAAUGCAAAGGUGGUAAUGUAUGUGAACAAAGUUGGUCCAUACUUCAACCCACAUGAGACCUACCACUACUACCAGCUGCCUGUAUGCAGGCCAGACAAGAUUGAACACAAGAGCUUGACCCUGGGCGAGGUUUUGGAUGGAGAUCGUAUGGCUGUCUCUAUGUACAACAUCAACUUCAAACAGGAUGUAGCGAACAAGGAACUGUGUCGUGUGCGGUUUGAAGAAGAUGACUUACAGCUGCUGCGAGAUGCUAUCGAGGAUCUGUACUACUUUGAGUUUGUCAUAGAUGAUAUUCCAAUUCGCGGGUUUAUUGGUCACUUAGAAGAGGGGGGCUUUCUCCCUCACACCCAUAAAGUCUACCUGUGGGCUCACCUUCAUUUUAACAUCGAGUAUAAUGGAGAACACAUCAUCUACGCAAAUGUCUCGACGAAGGAAAAGGAGCCGGUCAGUUUGGACGAUGUUACGGCCCCACUGGAAGUGGCGUUUACCUACAGUGUGAAGUGGCAUAAUUCUGGGUUAAAAUAUGAGGAGCGCUCCAAGAGACUGCGAGACAACAGCUUUUUCCCCAAAACUCUCGAGAUCCACUGGUUGAGUAUUAUCAACUCCAUGGUCCUCGUGUUCCUGCUUAUCGGCUUUGUCGUUAUUAUACUGUAUAAGGACUACAAACUUGAUAUGGAUUCCAUAGCUCUGACUCGGGUGUUGAAAUCAGACUUUGCUCGCUACAACGUUGAUGAUGAAGAAAGUGAGGAGCUGGACCAGGAAGACAAUGGCUGGAAAAUCAUCCACACUGACGUCUUCAGAUUCCCCGCAUAUAAAAACCUCUUCUGUGCAAUUCUUGGUGUAGGUAUGCAGUUCCUCACGCUAGCUACAGGGAUAAUAAUAAUGGCUAUGAUGGGAUUGUUCAAUGUUCAUCGCCAUGGUCAAAUCAACUCCGCAGGUGUUAUAUUGUACGCCUUCACCUCAUGCAUAAGUGGGUAUGUGGCGACAAACAUGUAUCGGAAGAUGGGCGGGGAUAACUGGGUUUGGAACAUCAACCUGACCUCCGCACUUUUUGCUGCCCCAUUUGUUUUUGUCUGGUCAUUGGUGAACUCAGUAGCCUGGGCUUACGGGACAACCCAAGCUUUGCCAUUCGGAACGAUCAUCUUACUGAUGUGCCUUUGGAUGUUUGUUGGGUAUCCCUUGACCGUGAUAGGGGGAAUAUUUGGUAAGAACUGGGCAAAUGGGUUCGACGCCCCAUGCCGUACCAAAAACAUCUCACGGGAAAUCCCAUCAGUGCCAUGGUAUCGAUCUGCCUUCGCCCAUUGUCUCGUAGGAGGAUUCCUGCCCUUCAGUGCGAUAUCUGUGGAGCUGUAUUACAUCUUCUCGACACUGUGGGGCCGAGAGCAGUACACACUGUAUGGCAUCCUGUUUAUCGUGUUUGGAAUCCUGCUGAGUGUGACAGCGUGUAUCUCCGUGGCGCUGACCUACUUCCAACUCUCAGCGGAGGACUAUCGUUGGUGGUGGAGGUCCAUAUUCAGUGCAGGGUCGACAGGGGUGUUUGUUUUCCUGUACGCGCUGUUCUACUAUUACAAACGGUCAAACAUGUCUGGUCUACUUCAAAGCCUUGAGUUCUUUGGUUACACCGCUCUCACAUGCUACGUGUUCUUUCUCAUGCUUGGAACAGUGUCGUUCUUCGCGUCACUGACAUUCGUGCGCUAUAUCUAUGUGAAUCUGAAAAUGGACUAGUCCUUGUGAACUGUGCUGUAAUAUUGAUAGUGAAAUUUUACAUGAGGGUUGACUCUUUAGUUCUGUUGCAGUAAUAUUUGAAGUCAGGGUUGGCUCAAAAGUUACGCUGCUUAUAAAUGAGUUAAUUAAUCCUUUCAGCAGCUCAACAUGGAUUUAUUAAACUUUUCAAUAUCUAAAAAAGACAGCAAGAUGGUACUGCUUGAAGUGAUAGGAUCUUCAUUGACUGGGGCUCAGCAGUGCCCUCCAUGUUUAUGGCGUUGAUUUGGUUAGUUUUUGGGCCAGGUUUUUUCUUCUUUUGUUUAUCUUUCUCAAAUUUUUGACAUUUUAGUGUCAUUUUUUUCUCACCUAAAUUAUGGCAUUAUUUGGCGUCAUGUUUGGCUUAUGUAAGUAAUAUAACAGUGAAAGAAGAAUAUCUGCUUUGACAAAUCAUUGUUCAGUGUGCAUACUAUGUAUGUGUGAUCUGGACAAUGAAACAUCAUUCAGUCAUGUAAUAUUAGGAUUCUGAUAGUGAUUAAAACAUAUGACCUUUAUGGUCAGUACUAGGAAGUCAGGGUUGGGUCUUGAAAUGGAAAUUAGUGCUAAACAAUCUGUAUGAUUUGAAAACAAUAUCAGGUUCUGUGUGCAUAAUGUGUUACAACGCCUCUGAUAUUCUCACAGUAAAUAAGUGUCUUGGCUGUUGUAAUAAAAAUCUGAGUCAAAAAAUUAAAUUAUAUUAGUAUCUUGUUACAUAUUUGAAUGAAUUGAACUUUAGCCAGAAUUAAAAUGAACAAAAUAUUGAGGGAAAUAAAGAAAUAGUGGUUGCAAUAAGUACCGUUUAUACAGAUUAAAGAUUAUUAAAGUUACGAAUAAGAUCCUUUCAUGAAACGAGGCCUUAGAAAUGUACAAAGGGAGUUUUGUUGUUCAAAUGAUGGAACUUUUUAUUUCUUAGUAUUUGAAAUAACCUAAUGUGAUAAUGGAAAGCAUAGAAUCAUUAUAUGUAUAUGUUGGUUGAUAUAAAAAUAUAGAGUUAGUCAUUAUGAAUUGCUUUAUUCUGAAUAUGAUGAUUGAGAGAAUAUGAAUGACUGUAUGUUCAGUUUGAACUGAUCUAUGUUGUAUCUAUGUUAGAACUGAGCUAUGUUAACUCUGUAUUUGAACUGAGCUAUGUCAACUUUAUGUUAGAACUGAGCUAUGUUAACUCUGUGUUUGAACUGAGCAAUGUUAAUUCUAUGUUUGAACUGAGCUAUGUUAACUCAGUGUUAGAACUGAGCUAUGUUCACUCUUAUGUUAGAACUGAGCAAUGUUAACUCUAUGUUAGAACUGAGCUAUGUUGUAUCUAUGUUAGAACUGAGCUAUGUUAACUCUGUGUUAGAACUGAGCUAUGUUAAUUCUAUGUUAGAACUGAGCUAUGUUAACUCUGUGUUAGAACUGAGCUAUGUUCACUCUUAUGUUAGAACUGAGCAAUGUUAACUCUAUAUUAGAACUGAGCUAUGUUAACUCUGUGUUAGAACUGAGCUAUGUUAACUCUGUGUUAGAACUGAGCUAUGUUAACUCUGUGUUAGAACUGAGCUAUGUUAACUCUGUGUUAGAACUGAGCUAUGUUAACUCUGUGUUAGAACUGAGCUAUGUUCACUCUUAUGUUAGAACUGAGCAAUGUUAACUCUAUGUUUGAACUGAGCUAUGUUAAUGUUUUAACUAUAUGGUAGUGCAUUUAGUUAGGUGAAAAUGUAGAGUAAAACUAAUUCCAUGUUAUAAUCCAGGGUGUGAUUUCCCCGGGGAUUCAUGGAUUCCCACAGAUCCAAUGGCUCCAGGGACCAAAAAUAUAUACAAAAAUGGUUUUAACACCCCAGUUUACUUCAAUUUCAAGCCAGGAGUCCUCAAAAGUUCAGUUUCACUUCUGCGGAAGGAGGGUUAUGCCCUAACGUGUCGCCCAAAUGGUUUCAGUCCUUCAGCAGCCAGGUCCGUCACAUCCCUGUCACAUGUUUAUUGUUAUUUUGUGGGCUAUUAUAGUGAUUUUAAUUUAUUUUACCAUACUUUUAUUCAUUUAACAUUAGUUUCUCUAAUAUAGUUAAACACAUGUAUGUAAAACAUUUAGGAAUGUCAGAAUACCUCAUACCUCUAAAAAGACCCCUGUCAUGUGUAAUGAAGAAUCAUUAAAGUAAGUAUUCUAUAAAAAAGAAGAGUUAAUGAUCUAGAAUAAGUAAAGAAGAAAAAUGCUUGUAAUGGAUUUAUCUUUGGCCAGCCUAGCAUUUAAAUACUAAUUGCUUACUUAUCUUUCUUUACAGCUAAAAUUGCAGUGAUUUUAAACUGUAAAAUAGCUUGAGUCAUGGAUUUUAAUUAAAACUUGCCAGUUUAUCUUAAAAAAUACUUGCCAAAUUACUUGUCAAAAUGAAACAGAAAAAACUUUUGACUAUAGAUAAAACAAAUUGCUGUAUCCAUUGUUCCUGGUUUACGCUUAAAAUUAUUUAAUAUAUGCAAGAUAAAAUCACAUUAUAAGUGUAUUAUUGUUUAAGUGUAUAUUUUGUUAAGCAUAUCGUUAGAUUACCGUAUUAUAUCAUGCAUAGGACGCACUUUUUUACCCCCAAUUCUCGUCUUAAAAAUUGCCUGCGUCCUUUCUAUGCUAUUAGAAUUUCAUCUGUUUUUUUCCAAGUCCAUUUCAGGUCGAAAAUAUCGGACCGGGGAAGAACGCGGUAAUAGUAAGUAUCUGUACUGCGUCACCGAAAAGAACAACUGACAUAGGUAAAAUCACGCAAGUGAACACACGCAGAAAUAUAUUGAAUGUUUACUUUAAAAUGAUUUAUUGAGAAAUAAAUUGAAAAAAAAAACACGAGUGUUUACUUUUUUAUAAAAGGGACGCUACUCACAAAAUCUCGAUGUGAGUCAGCACUUUAACUGGAUUGAGUUAUAACGGUAACGGAAAUCGGAAAGGAGGUAAAUAUCAAUUAAUCGUUGUUUAUGAUUUUAAUGUUUCGAUAUUUUACAAAACAUUUUGUAUGUAACUGUUUUAAAAAAUUGAUAAAGGAAUGUGCAUAACGCAAAGUAGCAUUAUUGUCACUAUCAAAUCUUUUCAAAUGUGCGAAGGUGUGAAAAACACCCGCUGUCCGUCAUUAGAAAAACAUCAAUAGAACAAACUAUUGUGAUGGUAAUACCUUAUGGUUGUUUGUUCGCACUUUACCCGAUGUGCCUUCCGCUGGCAAGGCUAAUUACCGACACUUAAUUAUGCCGACAUGCUUUAAUCCGCACAGCGACAAGCCUUAUCAAAACAAUCAUCAGUUUUGUUGCGAUUGCAACGGUUGCAACUGUUGACUGUCAUUCAGAAGGCAUGUCGAGACUAUUGCAACGGUUGCAACGGUUGACUGUCAGUCGGGACUAUUACGGCAUUUGUAUAAGUCUUAUAAUAUGCGUAAAUGUUCUCAAAUGUCAAGACAUGUAUCAUUGUUGUGUACGCUAUAUUACCAAAAUACGACGAUAAUUAUCGAAAUACACAAGACAGUUAUCAAAAUAUGCCUCAUAUACAAUUUUUUGUUUGUUUUUUACUUCAAUAUAUAUGUUAUAAAUACUUGACCAACCUCAAUUUUUCGGCUCCGAUUUUGACAUUUUUCCGCUGCGUCCUAUCUUAUAUAUUAAGGGUUUUUACCCGUUUUCUCAACUAUUUUUUUGCCUGCGUCCUAUCUAUGCUAGCGUCCUAUACAUGAUAUAAUACGGUAUUAUUAUUGUUAAAAGAUUUGUUGUACAUAUAUUAAGAGGGAAAUGUGAUUUCCAUCCGGUUUGUGUAUUAUGUCAUUCAUGUAUGAAGUUAAAACCAUGAGAAUAUAUUAUCAUUUGUUUUUGUGAUAAGAGAGGAAUUUAUUUGUGUAAAAAUCAUAAAUAUUCAAAUGCAGAAAUAUCUACGAGGGUUAUUCAAAAAGUUCUGGUCUCUCAUCUAGUUCUGUUGUAUGGUAACUGAUUUCUAAUAUGAAUUUUAAGAAAACUAAUAAGGUUCUUGCACUUAAAAUAUGAAGAACAUCUUGAUGAAAAGUAUAGGGUGCUUUAAAUAUUUUAAAUAUUCAUAAUGUUCAUAAAAAUUCGAAAAUAAUCAGUAAGUUAAAAAAAAUCACUAAGAAGUGAUAAAUAUGGCUCCUGUUUGUGUUUUGUAGAUAAAGGCUCAACCAAUUUGUUCCAGUAGAGGCUUUCUGUAAAAAAGCGAAGCUAAACAGGCAUUACAGAACUUUUAGAAGUACCCUCAUAUUUAUGAAGUACUGUGUAUGUGUUUAUCAUUGAUGACAUUGUACAAGGUAGAUAUCACAUAAAUCAAUUUGUUUUACGCCUCUGUUUUUUUAAUGGAAGAUCUGGUCAUAACUUCUUAGUCCUCGGUAUGUGAGAAAAGAAAUGUCACAUUAUUGUGUCCAAGAAUAUUCAGUCAAUUUUUAGACACGCAUUCAAAAUCUCUUGAUUUUCAGAACAAAUUUCAGAACAAAUUAGUUCUGGAAGGUCAUCAGAAAUAUUGCAUGUAUGUGAAAAAUAAAAUAAUUUACGAUAAACGGCAAAUGAUUUUAUUAACAAUAAGAAGUUAUGACGAGAUCUUGCUCUGACCUCUCCAUACACACACAGACUUCAGCGUACAUUGCUUGCCUGGUAGAAACAGAUCAUACAUAAUCAUAUAAAAAUAUUUCCUAGAUCAUAAUAUUUUGUAUAGUUUUGAGUAUUUUAAUCUGUCAAGGUUGGGCUUAAAGCUCUGGCCCCAAUUUCUCGAAACUUCUUAAGUCCCUUAAACAGGAUUAAGCUAAGCUCACUAUUUUUAUUGUUCUAUAAUAUGCCUUAUAUUUACUUCUUUAAGAGAUUUUAGAAAUUAUAUAAGAAUAAUCUGUAUGAUAAUCAGAAUAACCCGUUUUUCAUUUAUCAAAAUCCAUUUUAAGUAUGUAUAUUGGCUAAUUGAAAUGCGCUUUAGAAGGUUCGAGAAAUUGGGGCCAGGCUGUUUAAAUGGCAAAAUAUUAAUAGAAGGCUAGAAAAUAGCUCCACAGUAGCAGAUGAUCUAAACCUGUUUAUAUGUAUUAUUCAUGAUAAUAAUUAUUUUUAAGUUAUGUGCUCACACCGUUUGAAAUCCUUAUAAUCAUUACAAAACAAACUCCCACACUUCUAUGAAACCUGACAACACAGGGGUCAUGAUAUGCAGCUUGUACAUGUACAAAUUGUUCAUGUUUUUGUGGAUUACAUUUUAAGUUUGGGUCAAUUAUCAAAUAAUGAGGAGAAAGUUUUGUUGGCGUGUCCAUACAGUUAUAUGUAUAUGAAUGAUUUUGCAGGUUUGAAAGUUAUGGCAUGUGCAUGCUUGAAUAGUGUUUCGUAACCUAUCUUAUAUCGCAACUUUUAUUGAGUGAUCAUUGUUUAAUCAUACUGUUGAAAUGCAUGCAUGGUAGAUCUUACUGUGUUACUGGAGGAGUGGAGACAUAUUUGAUCAUGUAAGACACUGGAUGUUCUUAUGAAUAAAUUAUUUUGCUGUA